AUUGCCUCAGGGUCACAGCGCAGGCGCAGGGUACGUGUGGUGGUGCUUGAGCUAGAGGCGCGCAGUUUGCGGGGUCUGCGAGUGACUCUAGUGGCGUGGCUGCUGCCAGGGUAUCAUGUCAGACAACGAGGACAAUUUUGACGGUGAUGACUUUGAUGAUGUGGAGGAGGAUGAAGGACUAGAUGACUUGGAAAAUGCCGAGGAGGAGGGCCAGGAGAAUGUGGAGAUCCUUCCCUCUGGGGAGCGACCCCAGGCCAACCAGAAGCGAAUCACAACCCCAUACAUGACCAAAUAUGAGCGAGCCCGCGUGUUGGGGACCCGAGCGCUCCAGAUUGCGAUGUGCGCCCCGGUGAUGGUGGAGCUGGAGGGGGAGACAGAUCCUCUGCUCAUCGCCAUGAAGGAGCUCAAGGCCCGGAAGAUCCCCAUCAUCAUUCGCCGCUACCUGCCCGAUGGGAGCUAUGAAGACUGGGGGGUGGACGAGCUCAUCAUCACAGACUGAGUGGGAGGUGUCUCCUGGCUCGCCCCUGCCUGUUUCUAGUCUCACUUUAUACUUGUACAUAAUAAACUGUUUAACCUCU